AAUGAGGCCACCCAUGCUAAAAAUGUAUGCACUCUCUAUUCCAGUGUUUGUUUUUAUUAUUGUAUAUUGUUUUAUUAUUUUUUUCUUAAUUUUAUUUGUGUGGGAAUGUUUUCAAAUUCAAAUAAAUACCUAGUAUUUAUAGUUUACCCAUCACAUGUAAUCAUCACUCUACAUAUUCUGUGUACUUAUUGAGACCUUAUAUAAGUGCUAAUUGAAGUGUGGUAACUUUCUUUAGAAUGUACCUAAACACACAACUGAUUAAAUAUGAUAAAUACAUACAUUUAAUUUGCUGGUUUGUAGCAUCUUAAAUUCAGGUUGUCAUUUGUAUCAGCCAUAUUAAUUUGAUGUCAAAAGUUAUGUUAACGUAGAAUUUUUUUACAAUAAAGAGAACUUAUAUGGAGAAGCGUGAAGCCUCUGCUGUUAUAGGGAGGCUUUGUGAACUGUCAAGAUUUUGUCUAAAGUGUCAAGGAUUCUUGUUUACUACUUAAUGUUUGAUGCAUUGUUCUCGAAACAGAGGCUGGUCGAGGCUUGUUCAACUGCUAUACAGUUAAAACCUGUAUGCAAACCAAGCCAUAUUUUAAGAUAUAGGCCUACUACCAUUGAUAGAAACUGCCCUAACCGGUUUUGGUUGUUAGAUUUUGUGCAGAUGUUGAAAACCUACUUAUUAUGACCACCAGAGGGCAGUGGAAGCACGUAAUAUGUUCAACGGUGGCUUUUGUGUUGGUAACGACUGGAUUGUAGCCAGCUAAAACACCAAAACAAGAUACAUCUACCCCGACCCAAAUGGAAAAAUCUGAUACUGGUUUAACUUUAGCGACCUUAGUUAUAUUACCUGAAUUCUUGGUUCAUUUUAAGACUAUCCCAAUCGCAGACAUAUUUGGAUUUCGCUGAAUCGGUGCAAUUCAGAGGGACGAUGCCUGGUUUUUGCUUCUGAGUGACAAUUGCGCAUCUGGAUGUGGUCAAGCUAGCUACUGCUAGCUGGAGCAGUAGCUAUCCUCUGCUAGCCCCUUCGUAGACUGCACAGAUUCACAGUCGAACCAGUGUUUAUGGACCAGUGGUUGCUACAUUAUAUAGCACUGAUUAACUGCCAUGCUAGCCAUCUAGUUUUAGAUGUGUCUGAAAAUGUAACUAAAUGAAAAUCGGACCAACGAGAGGGGAAUUGCCUGCAGCUAUGUCUUGGACUCUCAGGACAAACAAAUCAAUAUUUGUAAUGCAGUAAUGUACAGCCAUGUUACCAUAUACUGAUAUGUGUAAGGUGGUGGUAAGGAUGGCCCCUGUCCUCCCGGUCUCCCUGGUUCUGGUGAUUUUAAUUUUGACACAGGCCCCAGGAUGUUGGGCGGGAGACUGUAAGGGCCACAGGCAGGUCCUCAGGGGACCCCCAGGAUAUGUCACUGAUGGUCCAGGGAACUACUCUGUCAAUGGGAACUGUGAAUGGCUCAUCAAAGCUCCCAGCAACAAUCAUCGGAUUGUGUUGAACUUCACCUUCAUGGAUACCGAGUGCACCUACGACUAUCUGUUUGUGUACGACGGGGAUUCCUACCAGAGUCCCCUCCUGGCUAGUCUGACUGGAAACACUCUCCCACAACCGAUGGAGGCCAAGUCUGGCAAGAUGUUGCUCCACCUCUUCAGUGAUGCCAACUACAACCUCCUGGGUUUCAACGCCUCCUACACCUUUUCCCUGUGCCCCGGGGCCUGCGGGGGCCGUGGCCGCUGCGACUUGGCCACAUCCCAGUGCCAGUGCCAGCUAGGCUGGGGGGGCGCCGACUGCACCACCCCUCUGUGCUCCCAGGCUUGCUCUGCACACGGCGAAUGUGACCUGAACAAGGAGAGCUGUUUGUGUAGUUCGGGCUUCGUUGGUCGGAACUGCCAGCUGGGUCUCCGUGAUGAAAACGAGGCAGGCCAGUGGUGGAGGGUGACAGAGGGGAGCCCCAACAUGCUCCCCAGGACAGGCUCAGCCGGGGUCUACCUCUCUCCCACCAGGGCCUUGUACCUGUUUGGAGGCUUUGACCUAAACAGAGCCCUCGGGGACCUGGUUAAAUACAACUUCUCCUCCAACAAGUGGGACAACAGGACCUAUGGCCACUGCCCAACAGCUCGUCAUUCCCACACCGCCGUGGAAUGGAAGGGAAACAUGGUCAUCUUUGGUGGAGACUUGGCCAAUGGCUCUCUGGCUAGUGAUGUCUGGUGGUACCGCCCGGUGCAGGAUGAUUGGCAGCAGCUUGGCUUAUCCCAUUCCCUGGGAGCUCCGAAACUGGCCAAUCAUGCAGCCGCUGUGGUGGAUCAUUACGUUUAUGUUUUCGGAGGUCGUACGGAGGAGGAUAUGUUCUCUUCCACGCUGUACCGGUUCGACCUGCAGGGCUCUGGGCUCUGGGAGACGGUCCAGGCCACUGGAGGGAAGCCUCCCGCCACAGCCGGCCACUCCAUGGUUUUCCACAGCCCCUCCAGAACCCUGCUAGUCUAUGGGGGCCAUCGGCCUACCACCGCAAGGUUCAGUGUCCGGGUUAACAACACGGACGCGUUCCAUGUAGACCGACGCUUCUGGACGGCCUUCCGCUCUCGUUCCCCCGCCACGGGGCCCAGGGAGAGGGCCUUCCACUCGGCCACCGUCAUCGGAAACUACAUGGUAGUGUACGGCGGGAACGUCCACAUCCACUACCAGGAGGAGAAGUGCUACGACGAGGAGCUGUUCUUCUACCACCUGGGCUGUCACCAGUGGGUCUCCGCCGGGGAGGGACUGUCACUGCGGGGAGGGGAGUCAGUGAGGGGCCGGUACUCUCAUGUUGCCACCGUGAUGGAGGGCAGGGUGCUGCUGGUCGCCGGGGGUUACAGCGGGGUGGCCCGCGGGGACCUGGUGGCCUACAAGGUUCCGCUGUUUGUCAGCAGUGACUUCGGAGACCGGGAUGCAGUUUGUGAGGAAGCACCGGAUGAGAGCAUGUGUCUGAAGAACCCAGAGUGCAGCUGGUGUGAAGGCCGCUGUCGAGAAUACCAGCCCCUUAAUCCGUGCGGCAGCACAGGGUGCCUGGGCCUGGCCCGCUUCCUGUCGGACUGCCAGUCCUGCCUGGUGUUCAGCGGCACGUCGGCCUCACUGGCCCGCGCCCCGGGAGACUUCGGCUGGUGUGUGCAGAACGAGUCCUGCCUCACCGUCUCAGAGCGCAGUGCUUGCCGCGUAGACCAGAUCUCGGGGCCGUACGGCUGGUGGGGGGAGCGUACCCGCUUCCUCACCGCCCUCAACUCCUGUCGCACGGACAACGACGUCCCGGGACUGCACCUGCUCACCUUCCAGCACCCCCGCAACGACUCCCAGCCGGACAAGGUGGCCAUCCUCCGCAGCACCACCAUCAGCCUCAGUCCCACCACAGAGAUGGACGUGGCCCUGCAGUUCCGGGGCUUCAUCCACCCGCUGUGGGGCGCGCCGCCGCCGGCCCACCCGCCCACCGACACCGUCUCCAUGUGGGCUCGCAUCCAGAGGCUCCACUUUGAGGCCCGCAUGGCGCCGGGGCCCACCUCCAGCCAGCUGGAGGUGGUGGGGCGCUGGGCCGCCCAGCAGGAGAAGGAGCUGAAGCUGCUGGGGCGUCCCGACGGGGGCCGUCUCUUCCCCAACCUGACCCGGGGGAACCACUACCUGGUCCAGGCCGAGGGCUACCUCAACAACUCUGGCUCCGGGCAGACCAGCGAGAUGGCACUGAUCUGGAACCGGACCGGUCUGCCCGGCGGGAGUGAGAUCUCCUUCCUGUUCCUGGAGCCCUACCGCUCGGGCUCCUGCUGGGCCUACACGUCCUGCCUGGCCUGCCUGUCGGACCAGUCCUGUGGCUGGUGCCCCUCCCUGGCCCGCUGCCUGCUGCGCUCCGGCCCCCAGCCCUGCCUGGAGGAGCAGGGGGGGGGGGAGCGCCACCUGCUGCUGGCCCCCCAGCACUGCACCCUGUGUGAGGAGUACCGGGACUGCUCUGCCUGCACUCAGGACCCCUACUGUGAGUGGCAGAUCAACUCCAACAAGAAGGGGGACUACCAGUGCAGUCGGAGGGGCAGGUUGGAUGGAUCCAUUCGUGACCCAAUGGUGUGUCCUAAAGUCUGUAACCAGAGAAGGUCGUGUGCCGAGUGUCUGUCCAACUCCAGCCAGUGUGCGUGGUGUGAGUCAGCCCAGGCCUGCUUCUACUUUGCUGCUUACCUCACCAAGUACCCCUACGGAGAGUGCAGGCACUGGUAUGACAGCGUGCACUCGGUGCCCCAGUGUAAGCAGUGUGCGUCCAUGAGCACCUGCACCGACUGCCUGCGCACAUUCCAGUGUGGCUGGUGUGGAGACCACAACAACCCCACCAUCGGAAAGUGUCUGAGAGGGGACUGGGCCGGCAUCGACCACUCCUCUGCCUACAACUGCAGCACAGCAGUGGCCGAAGCACGCGCUGCAAACCCCGAGCCCCAGACCUCGGCCCCGCCGCGGCCCAUGGAGAUGGAGAUGGAGCUGGAGCACCUGGGCGGGGAGGACCAGGAGGACGGCGUGUGGUCCUACCCCACCUGCCCCGACGUGGAGGAGUGCCGCCUGGGCCUCCACAACUGCCACGCCUUCGCCACCUGCGUCAACACGCCCACGGCCUACGAGUGCCACUGCGAGCGCGGCUACACGGGCGACGGCACCAUGCACUGCAACCAGACCUGCUACAACGAGUGCCGCGAGGGCCGGUGCAGCGGCAGCCCGCGCUUCGAGUGCGAGUGUUCCCUGGGCUGGACGUCGGACCCCGCCACGCUAGUGCUGAGCGGCGUGGAGUGCGACGUGGACUGCGGCUGCAACUUCCACUCCACCUGCAUCACGGCCCCCGGGAUCUGUGACCAGUGUCAGGACUGGACCACGGGCCCCCACUGCGAGCACUGCCGUCCGGGCAGUUUCAGCUCGGCCCUGGCCGGCAGCGGCGGCUGCGUGCCCUGCCAGUGUAACGGCCAUGGGGACCUGCUGCAGGGCUUCUGUCACAACCAGACGGGCCAGUGCUACUGCACGCACAACACCCAGGGGGCGCACUGCGAGACCUGCCUACCCGGUUACUAUGGAGACCCCAGUAACAACGGGACGUGCUACCGCCAGUGCCAGGGCCGCUCUGUGCUGCUCUCCUCCUCCUCCUCCUCCCCGCUGCCCCUGUCCUCCUCCCUGGGCUGGCGGGGGGAGGCCGGGGGGGGUGGAGGCCUCUCCCACUGCCUGUGGGUCCUGUCGACGACGGAGAACCUGGCGCCCUGCACUGCGGGCCAGUUCUGCCCCCCCGUGGCCCUCACGCUGCACCCUGACUCCCACACCCAGUGCGCCAGCUCCUAUGUCUACGUGUUUGACGGCCUUCCUCGUUUCCUGGGCAAUGGCGUCGUUCAUCCUGACAGCAACCUAAUCGGAGCGUUUUGCGGCACCACAAGGACCCAGCCCGUCACCGUGGAGGCCACCUCGGGCAUCAUCUCGGUCUACUUUGAGACCAACGUGUCGGACGCCACGCCCCAGGGCUUCAACGCCUCCUUCUGGGUGCGCCGCUGCCCCCGGGGCUCAGAGAGGGGCAUGGAGGACGGGGCCCCCGUGUGCCAGGCCAGGGCCCAGUGCCAAGGAGGCCUGUGCCAGUGUCCCCAGGGCUACGGGGGAGCCCUCUGCGACCGGCCCCUGUGCCCUCAAGACUGCGGGGAGACGGAGGGAAGAGGGUCUUGUAACCUACCUUCAGGGGUGUGUGUGUGCUCAGAGAACUGGGCGGGGUCAGACUGCUCGGAGCCCCUGGACCCCAGCAGCCUGGUGUGGGAGACCCUCCUGGACACGCAGCUCAAAGCGAACCAGGCUCACAGGUUCCUCCACAGAAUGGGCCACUCUCUUGUUUCUGGGCCCCUGGGAAACCUUUGGAUGUACGGGGGCCUCUCGCUCUCAGAGGGGAUUCUGGGAAAUGUGUACAGAUAUGCCGUGUCGGAGCAGAAGUGGACCCAGAUGUUGACGAGCUCUCUGGACGGCGGCUCCCUCCCCGUGCCCCGCUACCAGCACGCCGCCGCCCUGCUGACCAACAUGGACCCUCACUCUGGCGGCCAGGGCUCCAGCCACAACUUCAUGUUGGUCGUGGGCGGGGUGACCCAGAAGGGCGUCGCCAUGGAUACCUGGAGUCUCAACCUCAGUAGUUUGGUCUGGAGAGAGUACAAGAGCUCGAUACUGCCCCAGGUGGCGGGACACACCCUGACGGUGCGGCGGGAAGCCACGGUGCUCCUGAUCGGAGGCUACUCUCCAGAGAACGGGUUCAACCACCAGCUGCUGGAGUUCGGUGUGCAGUCUGGGAACUGGACCGUCACGCCACACAUCGGCACGCCCCCUACAGGUCUUUACGGCCACUCGGCGGUCUACCACGAGCAGACGGACGCCGUGUAUGUGUUUGGAGGAUACCGCUUUCACGUGGAGACGGUGGAGCCCUCGGGGGAGCUGUACAGCCUGUACUACCCCAACCUCACCUGGUCGCUGCUGGUCCCCUCCCAGGGCAACAAGCCUCAGUUCCGCUUCUUCCACGCGGCGGCGCUCAUCAAGGACACCAUGGUGAUAGUGGGCGGGAGGAGCGCGGAGGAGGACUACAGUAACACGGUGUCUCUCUACCAGAUCAACUGCAACACCUGGAUCAAUGCAGUCCCCAGCGUGGGCGAGCCGGUCAACCAGUCGGUGUCUCUGGCCAUGGCCGGCCUGGGCGGACGGCUGUUCCUGUCGGGGGGCUUCAACGGGGUGACGCUGGGACGCCUCCUGACCCUGACGGUGCCCGCCGACCCCUGCAGCCUCCUGUCCACGCCAGAGUCCUGCAACGUCACCACGGGCAGCUGCGUGUGGUGCAGCGGCGCGUGCACCUCCUCCGACGCUGCCGAGAGGAUGGGGUGCUCCUCCAGCCUGGCCCCCUGCUCCCCCAGCCCCAAGCAGCCUGACCAGUGUCGCAGGCUGAAGACCUGCAGCGAGUGUCUCGCCAGACACCCCAGGGCCUUCUCUAGCCCCACGCAGCCGGCCUUGCAGUGCAAGUGGUGCACCAACUGUCCAGAGGGCGCCUGCAUCAGCAGCUCCGUGAGCUGCACGUCGGAGCACGACUGUCGAAUCAACCAGAGGGAGAUCUUCCUCUCCAGCAACUGCACCGAGACCAGCUGUGAGGCGUCCGACUGUCCCAAGUGCACCGCCUCGGGGAAGUGCAUGUGGACCCGCCAGUUCAAACGCACAGGCGAGACCCGUCGCAUCCUCAGCGUCAACCCCACCUACGACUGGACGUGCUUCAGCUACGCCCUGCUCAACGUCUCCCCCAUGCAGGUGGAGUCGUCCCCCCCGCUGCCCUGCCCCUCGCCCUGCCACAGCCUCCACAGCUGCGGCCUGUGCCUGGGCUCGCGGGGCUCCGACGGGGGCUGGCAGCACUGCGUGUGGAGCAUGGCUCUGGAGCAGUGCAUGAGUCCGUCCUUCGUGCCGCUGCGCUGCGAGGCGGGCCAGUGCGGCCGCCUGCUCUCCGGGGGAGACUCCUGCUCCCCCCAGUGCUCCCAGAUCACCCAGUGCUCCCGGUGCAUCGCCAGGCCCCAGUGCGGCUGGUGCGCUGCCCGCGGGGGCAACGGAGCCGGCCGCUGCCAGCAGGGAGGCCUGGAUGGCGGUGAGACGGUGUGUCCAAUGAGGAACGGCAGCUGGUCCUUCCUCUACUGCCCUGAGGAGGACGAGUGUGCCAACGCCCACCACCACUGCAACGCCACCCAGGACUGCCACGACCUGGCCGAGGGCUUCCACUGCACCUGCAAGCACGGCUACCUCCUCAGCAGUGUGUCCGGGCAGUGCGAGCCGCAGUGCGUGCAGGGCUGUCUGAACGGGACGUGUGUGUCUCCGGGGGUGUGCCAGUGUCACUUUGGCUUUGUGGGGGAGAACUGCUCGUCCCAGUGCAGCUGCAACAAGCACAGCAACUGCGCCGGCGUGAGCCGGCGCGACGAAUGUCUGGAGUGCCACAACAACACCAUCGGCAAGCACUGUGAGAAGUGCAAGCCUCUGUUCGUGGGCUCGGCCAAGGGCGGCGGGGCGUGCCGGCCGUGCCGGGAGUUCUGUCGGGGGAACAGCGCCCUGUGUCUGUCCCGCGACGAGCACAAGAAGGCCCUGGACAACGGUAACGCCUUCCCCCUGGACUCCGUCAGCAUCCAGACCUGGGUGACGGAGGGCCCCAGCGAGGAGAGCGCCGUGUGCGUGAGCUGCCGGAACAACAGCGUGGGGGACAAGUGCGAGAGCUGCCUCAGCGGCUUCUUCCUGCUGCAGGGGAAGUGUGAGAAGUGCCAGUGUAACGGCCACGCAGACACCUGCAUCGAGCACGACGGCACGGGCUGCCCCUGCCAGAACAACACGGAGACGGUGCAGUGUCCCAGCACCUCGUCCAGCGACCGCAAGGACUGCUACAGACAGCAGUGCGCCAAGUGCAAGGACUCGUUCAACGGCACGCCGGUGAACGGGCGGCAGUGCUACCGGCAGUUCAACGUGGACAGCGAGUGCUGCUUCGACCCCACCUCGCAGACCAACUGCUUCCACGACCCGUCCAUCCGCAACCUGCCGCGCGGCCGCACCGUCUUCUUCAGCGCCCAGCCCAAGUUCACCAACGUGGACAUCCGCGUCACCAUCGACGUCACCUUCGGCGAGGUGGAGGUGUACGUGUCCAACUCCCACGACACCUUCACCGUGGACGUCCACCGCCUCACGGGCGUGCACGCCAUCCGCAUCGAGGACGACGUGCCCGCGCCGCGCGCCGGGCCGGCGGCGGCGGCGGCGGCCGGCGAGAAGGAGACACCGCCGUCCCCCAUGAAGGUGUUUGCCAACGCCUCGUCUGGCCCGCCAUCGGGGGGCCCGGCGCCGUCCAGCAACGCGCUGCAGCAGCAGCAGCAGCAGCAGCAGCAGCAGCAGCAGCAGCAGCAGGCCAAGCCCCCCGCUGGGCCGGAGAGGGAGGUGCGGGAGGAGCGGGCGGAGGGGCUCAUCUCCUACAUCACGGUGUGGAAGCCCCAGACGGUGCUGGUGGUGCGCGGCGUGCGGGACCGCGUGGUCAUCACCUUCCCCCACGAGGUGCACUCGCUCAAGUCCAGCCGCUUCUACAUCGCGCUGCGCGGCGUGGGCACGGAGCAGCGGCAGGGCGAGUCCCAGGGCCUGCUGUUCCUGCGGCAGGACCAGGCGCACAUCGACCUCUUCGUCUUCUUCUCCGUCUUCUUCUCCUGCUUCUUCCUCUUCCUGUCGGUGUGCGUGCUGCUCUGGAAGGUCAAGCAGUUCCUGGACUUCCGGCGGGAGCAGCAGCGCCACAUCCAGGAGAUGACCAAGAUGGCGUCACGGCCCUUCGCCAAGCUCACGGUGUACCUGGAGCCCGAGGAGCCGCAGCUCAUCUACCUGCCGUCGGUGGGCGGGGGCGGCGGGGGCAGCACCGUGUCCCUGGCCCACGCCCGCAGCGGCAAGCUGGGCGCGGUGGUGGUGAGCCAGCGCGGCCGGGCCGGCGCCGUCUCCUACAAGCACGAGGCGGGCUCGGGGCCCACGGCGCACCACCACCACCACCACCACCACCACCACCUCAACCUGGGCAGCGGGGGGAACGGCGGGCAGCACCUGCCCCUGCACUACCUCAACACCCACCACUACACCGGCACGGCCACCACCGGCGGCGCCCCCGGCACCCACCACCACCACCACCACCCGUCCACGCACAGCGGCUACCAGCACUUCUGCCGCUCGGACCCCUUCCUCUCCCAGCUCAUGGGCUUCUCCUACUCGUCCUUCAAGGUGGGGCCCAUCACCCUGGAGCCCACGGACGACGGCAUGGCCGGGGUGGCCACCGUCCUCAUCCAGCUGCCCGGGGGCAUCCUGGCGCCCAACCGCGCCUGCCUGGGCUCUGCGCUGGUCACCCUGCGGCAGAACCUGCAGGAGUACUGCGGGCACGGCAACGCCGGGACACACCCGGGGGGAGGGGGCGGGCGCAAGGGGCUGCUGGGGCACCAGCACCUCACCACUAUGGCCAUGUAGAGGGGCUGGGG